GGUGAAGUGUUGCGUCAUUUUCAGUUUUUAUUUGUUGUGCCGAGCAUCUUGGUGGUAAUAGUCCACGCUGGCAAUGGCUGAGGCUAAGAAGACCACCCCAAGUGGAAAGGAGAAGAAGAAUGUAAUUUGCCGUCCUCAGGCAUGUGCCAUUCAGCGAUGCCUGGCAGAUAAGGCGUAUGACCAGUCGCAGUGCCAGCCUGAGAUCAUGGACCUGGUCACUUGUUGCACGAGUACAGCAGCGGCCGACUGCAUUCAAUGCUCCGGCUACAAGUCGCUCAUUGACGCGCACAAGAAGACCCGUGCGGCCGAGUCUAAGGAACUCCGGUUCAUCGAGGAGGACGCCCGCUGAUGAGUUUGCACCGCCGCAAUGCCGUUGUCCAUUCUCUAUAUUGAGCGCUCAGGACUGUCGUCAAUGGCUGAUCUUGGCACGUGACUUUCCUGACAGUCUGUGCGGCAUGUUAGAGUCCGAUCCUGCUUUUGUCUGUGCCCAUAGCAGUCUACUCGGUUCUUCCACGCUGCAGCGAUCGAUGGGUAUGCUGCCCAUUCAUACUGUACUCGCCCAACUAGAGUCCACCUACCAUUUGUUGAGGUAUGUGCUGGAUCUUGUGAUCUACGUACCCAGCUAUAAUAGCUAUGGGCUGUAUGAACACAGUUCAAAAUUGUGUCGUAACUACGAACACUUAUUCAUAUAGGCGGCUGUGCUUGCUACCAGUUGUAUUGCUGUGCGCAGUGUUUCUGCCUUGUAUACUUCGAGAACACAUCCCAUUCCUUUUCUGUUUUUAACUUAUCCGUUUACAGAAUUAACCAAAUUCACAUGAUACCGUGUAGAUAGCUCUUUCCUUCUAUGGUUCUAUAGUUACCUAGGUGGGUGUGUGCUUGUGUGGGUGUGUGGCUGCGUAUGUGUAUAUGCCUGUGUGAAAUACUUAGCAAACACUUGGUUUUCCCCGGGUUUGACACUAGCAACAGACUUACCGAUGGCUCAAUUUUGAUUUCGAAUCAGUGAAUUGUUUUCUGCUAUUCUCUUCAGCCUGGUGGAUGCAAUGAAUCCGUUGAUAAUAUCAUUAAUAUGCCUUGCCCACGUAAGA